UCAUUAAUGACGUUGUUAUUUCAACAGUAGAAUGAAAAUAGAGUGGGUGAUUUUUAUCAUCUGUCACAAAAUACAUCGAUUUAAUGGUAUGGAAUCAGUAAGGAUUCACUCAUUAAAGAAAAAAAAAGGCUGAAGCAUGCCAGAGUAUUAUAAAUGCAUCGUAUUCUUCUUAAGUGUUAGCCUGUUUUUCUCAGUUUCUGUUCGAGCCAGAAAUGUUUUCGAAAUUUUUGAUGAACAGAUCAAAAAUAUAUCUCAGACAAUUGGGAUUUCUUCUGACAAAACGAGACCAUUUGGAUAUGAGAACAAAAGCUUUCAUGAUCCCCAAUGUGACUGUGGGUUUGGAUCUUCAGGUUGCGAUUACAAAGAUGGAAAAAAGAUUUGCAAAUGUGACUGGCAAUAUUCUCAGAACAAUGACAAGUGCGAACGAUGCUACUGUGGAAUUUUCGCCAGUAAGUGCUAUUUUGAAAAUAACAAAAUAAAGUGUUCCUGUUUCGGAAAAUACAAGCAGAACAGUUUAGAUGAAUGUGCAGAAUGUGAUUGUGGAUUUGAUUCAAAAAGCUGUGAAUUCAGUGGAUAUUCAAAGGUGUGCACUUGCAAUUCUGGAUAUAUUGUUAUACGUGAUAAAUGUGAAAAAUGUGAUUGUGGUCCAAUGUCCUUAUCAUGUGAUCUUACGUACGACAAGUAUACUAGGUGCACAUGCCAACCCGGUUAUGUUGCGAAAAGAAGUAGAUGGGAGAUGGAUGAAAAAUGCGAAACGCCUGGACCCUCUGGAUGGAAAGUUGCCACUUACAUUGAAUCGGUUAUCUUCGGCCUCACCAUUCUUACCUGUACAAUCAUACUUUGCUGUAAAAGGAAACCAUCAUAGUUGAACCGUAGUUGCAACAAUCAUGAGGAACUGUUUCUUAUUUCUGCAAACCAAAGAGCUUAUAUUUGUGUCAAAUAUUUUAAUAAAAAGUUUAAUUUUCGUU